AUGGCGUCUUCCAGGGGAAAACGUGUAGCGAGCAGUGAGGUUUUAGAUCGCUAUUUUGCUGACGGUUCUGGUGACGAAGGGGAUUUUGACGACGCUGGUGGGGACUUGGAUGAUCAUUACAAUGAUUCUGAUAUAUUUGAUGAUGAUGAUGAUGAUGAUGAUUCCUUUGUUGAGAAUUUGGAGGCAGGCAUCAAUGAGUCAAGUAAGUCUGCGUCGUCUUCGAGUCUGUCUGUUUCUGGUUCCGGAGCAAACAGAACUAACGAUGACGUGAUUUCCGGUCGUGGUGAUUCUUGUAGCGUGAAGACAGAGGCAUGUGCGUGUACGGUGAAGACAGAGGAAACGGAAUGGGGAAUAAAAACAGAGGAUGGUGAGUGCAGUGUGAGCACGGUUCCAGAAAUUGGAUUGUCUGAUGAUGAAGAAAUGAGUGAUGAUGAUUUCGUCGAACCUGACGAGUAUGUUUACCGACAAGACGACACAGAUAGCCAGAUGGAUCUGACUUCACACCAAGACCAAGCGUCUCAUUCUGACUCGGACAGCGAAGAUCAAGAUGAGGACUGGGUUCACGACACACAGAACUUUCCCAAAGUUCCUCCAUUUUCUGGUCAGCCUGGACUCAAAAUAAAUCUCUCCGACGACUCAACAGCGCGAGAGGUUUACAAGCUGAUAAUAACAGAUGAUGUCAUCAACAAAUGGACGGUGGAAACAAACAGGUAUGCCCGCGAGACCAUUGGCUUGAAAAAAAAAGCAGCCGCCAACCUGUCAGACAGAAGCAGGUUCAAGUCGUGGAAGCCAGUGACGUCACAAGAAAUGCGUCGUUUCCUGGCCGUCUGCCUGCACAUGGGCUUGGUGCACAAACCAACGCUCAACCACUACUGGUCGCUUCACCCAGCUCUGCACAGCUCUUUCUGUGCCAAGGUCAUGUCCCGGGAACGGUUUCUGUCCAUCCUGGCAUUUCUCCACGUCUCCAACAAUGCCGACUACAUCCCGUAUGGAGAAAAGAACCACGACCCUAUACACAAAAUCCGACCGUUUGUGGAGCACCUGAACCACACGUUCAUGUCCCUGUAUGAGCCUCAUAGAGAACUCUGUCUCUCAGAGUCUGUGUGCCCCUUCAAAGGACGGUCAAGAUUUAAAGUGUUCAUGAAGAACAAGCCGGCCAAAUGGGGGUUCAAGUUGAUCCAAGUGUGCGAGAGUAAGAGCGGAUACGUGCAGCGCUUUGAGAUGUACUGUGCUGACAAGCGAGUGAGCAACAAGCCAGUUGAAGUCGUGGACAGACUUCUGGAGCCGCUCAAGGACAAAGGACACCAUCUCUAUCUGGACAAGGCCUACUGCUGCCCGCAGCUCUGGGAUCGUCUACACCGGCGCCGCACCAUGAUGUGUGGGGCGUGCAGGAAGAGCUGUGCUGGGAUGCCGGCCGCGUGGUUCCAACACAGGCAGAGUCCGGGGCAGCUGGACUACAGGAGGAAGGGUCAGUUGGUGGUCACCAGGUGGACGGACAGGCGAGAGGUGGUCACGCUGUCCACCAUACACCUCCCCCAGCUGCAGGGAACGCACGGAAGGUUUGGAGCCAAGGACAAGCCGGUAAGUGUCACUGACCACGCCAAGCACACGGCUGGCCUCGCUCGCUCAGACCAGGUCGUCUCCUUCUUCCCCAUGAAAAGGAAAUCACAAAAGUGGUGGAAAAAACUUUUCUUCCACCUCCUCACCCUGGUCAGCGUCCAGACGGCGAUACUGCUGAAUAAACACCGCAGGUCAAAGGACAGGAAGGCCCUCACUCUAUCGACCGUCGUCAAAGAGAUCGUGCUGAGCUUAGUGGAUCAGCAGCAGCAGACGCUGGAGACGACAGCGAGCGACACAGCCAGCCUCCCAAAUGACCGGCUCAGUGGGAAACAUUUCCCCUCGUGGUGCCCACAGACUCCGGGCAGGACCGCCCACUCUCGCCGCGUCUGCAAAGUGUGUAUGGUCAAGGCGAGACAGAGCGGGCAAACAGCGGCACAGAGCAAAUGCCGACGACGACUCUCGCGGUUCUGGUGUGCCUCCUGUAAAGUGGGACUCUGUCUCGAGGGCUGUUUUGAGGCAUUUCACACAAAGGUGGAUUUUACAAAGUAA